AUGGUUCUGACAAACAUCAGCACACCUGCUGGAUUAGUCAAUGGCGCAACUGGAAAGGCGGUAGGUGUUGUUGUUGACUCAGAAGGUGAGUCACCACUCAUUUUAUAUAUUCCCGUGCCUGUCUCAACCAUCCUGAACACUAAUAGCGGAUUUUCACGCCAGGACCGCUGGUCCCAAAGGGCUAACGCUCGGAGUCCAUUGAACUCAUUGGCCGCGUUGGAAAAGGAUACGACGUCGACCAUCCAACUAUCUUACACACCCACUGAAAUCGAUGCUCUAAAUGACGACGAGGACGAAACCCAAAUAAUCUGGCCAGACACACCCGAUGAUACUCAAUCCUCGCCACAACCGUACACUCCUACGUCAGGAAGACGUUCCCAAAGACCACGAAAAUCAUCCUAUGCUAUUGCCCAAUCAUAA